CCGAAGUGAGACAGAAACUGAAUUAACGGCAAAAAGUGUUGGGGAAGUUUCACAACAGAAUGGAUCAGCAGAAGUGUCUACGGCUGAAUCCGGACGUUCCAGUGUGGGUUUCCAAGCAGCGCAUCCUCUGCAUUUUGAACCACAGCCUGAAGGAUGUUCUGAACUAUGGACUCUUCCAGCCGGCCUUCAACGGCAGGGCUGGGAAAUUUUUGGAUGAGGAACGCCUGCUGAGGGAGUACCCCCUGAACCCAGACACUCCUGUCCCAUACUUGGAGUUCCGGUACAAAAGGCGUGUGUACACCCAGACUUUGCUGGAUGACAAGCAGUUUGCCAAGCUCCAUACGAAGGCAAAUCUGAAGAAGUUCAUGGAGUACGUGCAGAUGCUAAAUGCGGAGAAGGUCUGCAGGCUGCUGGAGAAGGGACUGGACCCCAACUUCCAUGAUCCGGAUACUGGAGUGGGAUUCUGGGGAGGAUGAGGCUGUCUCUGGGACCGGCAAGUUGGG